AUGGGGCGGUUGAGGACGUUCGGCAUCUUUGCGCACAUCGACGCGGGGAAGACAACCACGACAGAAGCUUUUCUCUUGGAGGCUGGACAAAUCGCGAGGAAGGGGAACAUCGAUGAUGGCACCACAACCAUGGAUUUCAUGACACAGGAGCGCGAGCGAGGCAUCACGAUUCAGUCUGCUGCAACAUGCUUCCCUUGGGGAAAGGCGUUCUUCCAGCUCAUCGACACUCCAGGCCACGUCGACUUCUCCGCGGAAGUGCAACUCGCCCUCUGCGCGGUGGACGGGGCCUGCGUCCUCCUCGACGCCUCGCGAGGCGUCGAGGCGCAAACCCGGGCUAUUUGGAAGGCCUUAAAUUCGACCGGACACUCGACCGCGAAACUUAUUUUCGUCAAUAAAAUGGACCGAGAUGGAGUCGACAUGGAUGCUUGCCUCGAAGCGAUUCGGCAGCGCCUGAACGCCUGGCCGUUGCAGGUGAACGCCGUUUACCAAGUUCCCCGUGCGGUCUGGUGCGCAACGCGCGGAGACAAAGUGAAGAAGACACACUCAGUCAGCCCCCAGGCCGUCAUCGACCUGACCGACUUUCGCACCGCCCUCUACCCCCCCGUAUCCAAUUCCAUGGAUGCGCCGCUUCCCGUCUUCUACUCGCCUCCUCCCCACGCACUCUCCCAUCUCCUCUCUGCUUCUCCAUCUGUCCUUCCUCAUUCGUCUUCUCCUUCUCCUUGUGCACCGGAUGUUGCCUGGGCUUGGUGGUCAGAUCCACGCGUUGUGGCGGACGUGACGAAUCGGCGCGAGAAACUGCUCGAGGACUUGUCUCUCCUCGACGACGCCUUCGAGGAGUGCGUCGCAGAGCGCACCCUGAACAGGACACACGCCGGCCAGAGCGCGACAAAUGCAAACGAACCGGAAAUGCGAGGACCCGACGCCUUUGCGCGCCUGACGUUCAAAGACGAAGUUCGAUCGACUCUCCGACAGGUUGUGCUCAAGAACCUCGGCGUGCCGGUGUUGUUUGGGUCCUCGUUCUUCAGUCGUGGUGUCACUCAGCUUCUCGACGCGAUUUCUGCCUUUCUGCCUUCGCCUCUCGACCGGCCUCCCUUGCCUCUCGCCUCGCCGCUGCUCGCCUCGCCGCUGCUCGCCUCCGCGUCGCCAGGCGCAGCAGGCGCGCGAAACGCCCCCGCCGCCUCGUCCGCCGCCGCUUCGUGCAUUUCGUCUUGCGGGCGGUUUCUAGUUCCUGAUCGACAAGCUGCGGCCGCCUGCGUCGCCUUUAAGGUGUACCCUGACGGCAAAGGCGGGAGGAUUGCCUUCGUGCGCGUGCUCUCAGGCCGAAUCACGCCUCGCACGCCGCUCUUCAACUCCACCAAGCACUGCCUGGAAUCGCCCUCCUCUUCUUCACGUUUGCAGUUGUUCCGAGUAAAGGCUGAUGCGUACGAGUCGGUUGCGUCUCUGUCCAGCGGCGACAUUGGGGCUAUCCGGGGCCUCUCCGCAGUCACGGCUGGCGACCUUCUUCGUGUCUCUUCAGCUCCAGCCUUUUCACUUCCUCUUCUCUCCCCGUUUCACCGUCACCUUCCUGCUGUCUCUCCUCCCGCUCCAGAUGGGCGCCCGUCCUCUCUUCUGCCUCACGGAACCGCCGAAGACGCGACCGCAUCGCCCUCUCCUUCUUCCGCGUCUUCUCCUCCGUUUGUUUCCUCUGCGUCGGCUUUGCACAGUUUGAGUCCAGUUUGCUUCACGAGCAUUGAAUGCAGGAAUGCGCGCGAAGAGACAGAGGUGGGCGAGGCCUUGGCGGCGGCGUGCCUGUCGGAUGUUGCUCUGAAAUUCGAGAGGGACGAAGGCGGGAAAUUCGUUUUGUGGGGAAUGGGCGAGUUGCAUCUCCAGGUCGUUCAGGCCCGACUCAAAGAUGAGUUUGGCCUGUCCGUCGAGUUUGGGCCUCUGGAAAUCGCCUACCGAGAGCUGCUGCUACACCCCGUUCGCGGCAAGUUGACGUUUUCUCCCUCCGCCGCAUCGUCUUUCGAGAUUUCCUUCUCGCUGCUGCCGCUGCCUUCGACGCCUCCUGAGCAGCGCCUCUCUGCGAUCCUGUCUCGGCAGGAGGAUCCAGGCCUUCUCGCCCUGUGUCACGCCUCUCGCGAGACGGGCGCAGUUCCUUUUCCUUCCUUCUCUUCCGCGACUUGCACGCAUGCGACUCACGUUUUGUUUUCCCUCUCGCCCCAAGCAGCCGCGCAACUCGACGCCCUCGAACGCACGCAAAAGAAGGCGCCUCCGCGCCACAAACAAGGCAGUGGAAGGCUUGCGCAAGCUUCACCGUCUUUGGAAGGGAGUGUGCUGUUGAGGGCGAUUCAGGAGGCGGCGUGCCAUGCUGUCGGCGCAGGUCCGUUGCUUUCCUACCCUCUGGAUUUUCUUCACGUGCGCCUCGAGAGCCUUUCGCAGAAAGACGCGUCUUCGCCCCUUUCGCCGGCGUCUCUCUCGGCUGCCUCCGCGCAGCUUCUGCGCAUGCUGCUCAGGACGGGCCGAGGCGAAAGAGCGUCUCCGUGCGAGAAGGAAACCUCUCAGACGGAAACGGAGACAGCCACGGGACGCGGCGCAGACGCGCACCUCGCUCACGCGGCGAGCGGGACGCUUCGCGAGCGGAUCGCGAUGCUGGAGCCCGUCAUGCACUUGGAAAUCUGUUCCCCGUCUCAGAAUUUAGGGCCCUUGAUGAGAGACCUAACUCAACAGAGACGCGCUUCCAUUGUAUCGAUCUCCGCCGGAAAGGAGACUGCUGGGACGGAGGAUGCGGAAGAAGAAGGCGCAGGAUGCCUUGCCGCCGAGGGCGGAGAACUCCGAAUAAGUGAAGAAGAGAGUGGAAUGAUGGAGCUGCAUGCAGUGGUGCCCCUCAGGUGUAUGGCGAACUACUCGUCUGUGCUUCGGGCACUUUCCCACGGGCAAGCACACUUCCAGAUGCGGCCCCUCGGGUACGGCCGUGUGUCCGCGAUCGACGAAGAGAUCCUCUUGGCGGAAGCUGGGAUUUUAUCUCUCCCGUCUUGA